CUGAGGGUUCAAGCGGCUCCGCGCAUCACAAGCAGAUGCUCUCGUAACGCUGCGAUCUAGUAGCGUGUGUCGGUUGACAAUCGGUUGACUUCUUUGUGACCGUUAAUCAUGACAAAACUCACCACGGUAUCUUGUGCAAUAAUUGCCGUCGUUCUCGUUAUCUCAAAGUCCUGCGACGCGAGUCACAAACUUUUAGUGUUUCUCAUUGAUGGAUUCCGCUAUGACUACAUGGACGACUUGCAGAAACUACCAGGAUUUAGGGAGAUCGUGGAAAACGGCGUCAAGGUGGAUUAUAUGACGCCAGAUUUUCCAAGCCUCUCCUACCCCAACUACUACUCGCUCAUGACAGGGCGAUACUGUGAAGUGCACCACAUGACGGGGAACUACAUGUGGGACAGGAACACCAAUAAGGAAUUCCUAAUCGGCCUUAACAAGGAUAGCCGCUUGCCUCUGUGGUGGGAUGGAUCAGAGCCCCUGUGGGUGACCAUGCAGAGACUGCAGAAGAGAGCCUACAUGUACUACUGGCCAGGUUGUGAAGUGGAGAUUCUUGGAGUUAGAUCAGAAUUCUGCGAGGAGUACGUCUACGAUCCUUCUGAGAAGAACUUCAUAGAGUCAAUUGAGAAGGCUCUCAAUGUAUUAAAAGAUGGCAAAGCAGACAUGGCCGGCGUCUACUAUGAGAGAAUUGAUGUGGAGGGCCAUCACUACGGUCCCCGCUCCUCCCAGGUGCAGCAUGCUGUGAACAGGCUGGACGUGGCCUUUCAGACCCUCAACCAAAAAAUCAAGGACAAGGGCAUGGCCGGAAACCUAAACGUCAUCAUGUUCUCUGACCAUGGAAUGACCGACAUCAAGUGGAUGGAGAAAGUUAUCGAGCUGGAUCAUUUCAUAAACAUGUCUGAUGUCAUCAAGAUGAUGGACAGGGGCCCUGUUGUGAGCCUCUGGCCAAAGCAAGACAAGUUUGAGGAGAUAUACCGACUCCUCAGUGCUGUGGAGAACAUGAGUGUUUACCGCAGAGAUGAGUUCCCUGAUCGCUUCCACUACAAAGGGGGCAAGUUUGUCUCAACUCUCACCCUUGUGGCUGAGCCUGGCUGGUUUAUCACAGAGAACAAAUCCAAGCUGCCAUACUGGAAGAAUGACACUGAAGUGGCACAGGCUUGGCAGCACGGCUGGCACGGCUACGACAAUGAGUUUGUGGACAUGAGGGGCUUUUUCAUGGCACAGGGACCUGACUUCAAGAAAGACUACCGCGCUGCACCAAUCCGAUCAGUCGACGUGUAUAACCUCAUGUGCCACACCCUGGGCAUCAAGCCCCUCCCCAACAACGGCUCAUGGUCGCGCGUGGAGUCCAUGCUGGUCGGGGCAGCCAGUUCGGUCCAGCCCAGUUUCCUGAACAGCUGUUUUCUGAUCCUACUGGCCUUCCUGUGUUAUCUACAGGCCUAGAACCUCUCAGAACUUUAUCUCCGCCUCCUCCUCUUCCUGUACAGUAAUCCCUCAAACUGUAUGCUCCCCAUCCACACAGACCUGUGUGUUUCAUGUGUUUCACUCUUCUCAACACGUACCAUGACACACUACUGUAGAUUAUGCCCCCCCCCCCAUUUAGCAGCUAAAAGCAUAUCUACAAUAUUUA